CAGGGCUCCAGUUCUGCCUGUACCAUCGCCGAGACCAGAUGAAGUCAGGUGGUGACAUCUCUCGGUAAACUUCAAGGACUGGACGGUCCGUGAUCUGCCUCCCUUCAAGAGGCUGCGCUUUCGAGAGAGCUGGCACCUGGCAAAAACACUAAGCGGCAACGUUAUCGAGGGACAUCCGCCACGUCUCCACACUCCCUGCAGAAAUGUGCCUAUUAUAACCUCCAAUCGCCUGUGUGAUUUUAGUGCUUUUUCCAGACAUGUGCAUUAAGUCAUUUGCGGAAAAUAUCCAUCUUUAGUAAUGUGUAUCUAUGGUGCAAAGUGUCUGCAAGGCUUAGAAUGUUACCAAACAUUGUAUAUAUUAUUAUUUGUGUAAUGUAUAAAUUAGUUUUAUAUUCCGGGGUGAAUAAUUGAUUAUGAAUUCAGCUGGAACACUUUUUAUUAUUUGUCUUUUUUUGUAUUGUUGUAUAUCAUGGAUUCUGCCCCGACUUCUGGCCUGGCUCUUCAAGCGCAGGUUCCACAUGGACCUUCACAUAGGAAGGAUUGGCAUUCCCUACCUUACUAUCCACGAUGUCCACUUCACCAGAAACGGCGUGUCUGUGCACGUGGACGAGAUCGGGUUCCGCAGCAGCUUAUUCUCCAGCGAUGUGACUAAGCUGCUGGCGGUCGUUGUGAAGGAUGUGCGCAUCAACAGGGCUGUGGGCGGAGUCCAGGCGAGUCCCCCUCUCGGAGCCCCUGGCCGACCCGUGAACCUGCAGGGCAUCACCGUGCCGCCACUCAUCGUGACCUUGGCGCAGCUGAUGGCAGUGCACGUGGACGGUGUGAAUGCCAUGUUACUGCGCAUGGAGCAGCCAGAGUGCUUGGCACACAUCACAGCAUCACAGCUGCACUUGGACGGUAGUGUGCUGCACGGGGCACGCACUCUGCUGGUGAACUGCACGGCCGGCACUGUCACUGCCAAGGUGUUGCGUCACCCAGCAUCGCCGCGCGGAGGCCACACCUGUUUGCUGGAGUUGGGCUGUGGCAUAGCUCUGGAGGCCUCUGUGCUCGCGCAAGGACAGCUGUCACUACAGGUUCUGAAUGUGGUGGUGGGCAACACCAAUGUUGUUGUGAACGAGGCAUUCUACAGAUUUGUCCAGGAGCGCAAGCAGCUGAUGCGAUCAAUGCCUUCGCCACAGUUGCCAUCACGAUCAUACGUGCCCAUUGAUCACUUUCUGAAGCAGUUGGCACCAGUCAUACCGAAGAGUUUCUCCCUGAAGCUGGAUGAUGGUGUGCUGAGGGGUAUGGCUGAUGAUCGCACUGAUUUCCACUCCACUCUCCAGAACUUGUCGGUGGAGUCAACGUUCAGUCCCUGUGCACUCUCUUUGAUUGGUGAUCCAGGGCCAGAUCUGCAUUUGUGUUGGAGUAUCUUCAACUGGAGCAUCAAGUGCAACAAGGAGAGUGUACUCUCUCUCAAGAAGCUAAGUGUGGAUGGACAGCUGGAGAAGGACGUGGUGUCUUGUAGCUGCUGGUUGGAUGCGCUGGACGUGGUUUACGCUCACAAGGAUGUGCACCCAUGGGUUUUCGCAAAGAUCUUGGGCGUGCAGUUUUCCAAGGACAAGUCCUGUACAGCGGCUGUGCCCUCGACUGUGGGCCAGAAAGGCGAAUGCUGGACGUCGCUGCUCAGGCGUUACACAUUCAGAGGGUCGAUAGACCUGCAGUGUGUUUCGUGUAUGGUACGCUUGUCUGAGGAUUCUCCUGCUGCUGUGGCGGGAGUGAGUCACGUCGACCUGAAGUACACACUCUACCAGCUGGCAGACCUGCCAGAGCUACGGUCUGCGUGGGGCACGGACACGCUGGACGGACGACACUGGAGUGCGGAGCUGCUGGCAGAGAGUGCACACCUGACACUAGGCUCCGGUGCCGCGCAGCGCCUCAGAAAGCAUCACGUGUGGGGCACGCCCUUCUACCUUGGACUGGCACUGCUGAAGCUACGCAGCCAGGGCCCGAGCCAAGCCAAACUGCACGCCAUGCUGGAGACGGUGCGUGCUGAGUGGAGCCCGCCCCUCGCCACCUUCCUGCGACUCACUCUCAGGAGUGCGCGGGACUAUGGUUGGACCAGGCCAGUGCAAGGACCUGCCCACACCCCGUGGCGUGACAAGUAUCUGGAGACCUGCACACACUGCAUCAAGCUGACAGACGUCAACUUCUUCUUUAUUGCAGACAAGGAAGUGUGCCUGAUGCUGCGGUUGGACCAGACAUCUGCUGAAACUGGCACAUCCGGGCUGUUGCUAGGACUAGAAGGGGCACGGCUCGUGUCCGUUAUGCCCACCACAAGCCACUACACCUGCCUGCGUAGCACGGAGCUGGGUGCAGCGCUGGCUCACGUGCGUACUGGCCGCCUCUGUCGCUCCUCCAGUGGUCAAGUCCAGCUGUCGCUACUGGACGAGGUGCAAUGUCGCUGGAGCACCAACGUGCACCUCAAGUUACUGACACUUCUGCAGGAGCUGCAUGCCUUUUACUGCGACCUUGGCACAGUGAUGCAGGUGGAGACACACCAACAGACACAGCGCCCCAGACAAGCCCGACACUCCUUCACCCUCUCCAUGAAGGGGCAAGUGGAGCUGCACAUCGCCACCUCAUCCAAGCACAGCCUGCAGGUUACCUCAGAUGAGGUGUGCUUGUCUCUGAUAGAGGAUGAAACAUGUGUGCUGUCAUCAACCAUCAGAGUGGCAAUAGACCAUGCUGACAUGUUCUUGGUCGAAGGAUUGCGUGUGGCACGACUGCUUGACUGUGCGGAAGUGCAACAAGAGAGACUCAGCACGGAGGGUUUUACUCUGGCCUGGAACACUACCUGGGGUGUGACGGUGCAGUCUCUGAAAGCCUGCUUCCCGUACGAGCAUAGCUUCGCACAGGCCGUGCAAGGCGAGCUGGUCAGCGUAUACAAGUGGCUCAAGCUUGUUCACAAGAAGCAGAGGGCGCCCUUCACCGCAGAUAGUCCGCUGCCACCGGACCUGCUCAUCCAGGUGGAAGAGUUCCUGUUCGAAAUGAGCGACGACCCACUGGAAGUGCGGCUGAGAGACAACUACGAGUUGUUGGAGGACGAGUACCAGGAGAACCUCAAGAGGCAGAAGAUGAUGGACGCAAAGAUCGCAGAGCUGCGCAAAGCCCACCUGCUGCUCCCUGCUGCCAAGGUAGAGGAGCUGUAUGCCAGCCUGAGCAGGAAGAACGCAGAGAUCUACAUUCAGCGCUCGAAACAGAUGAGCAGGGCGGCCCCACCUCGCAGCCGCCUGUUCGCCUGGCUCAUGACCGAUGUGCGUGUAAUGGUGCUGGCUGACCCAACGUUGCACGGCACCGAUCAUGCAGUGAGGGUUCUGACCGAGAUAGACGCGGACAGCCCUUGGCCAGAGGAGGGACUGGAAUUCUCAACUCUGUGGUGCCGCUCAGUGAGUGCGAGCUGCUGCGAGUGGAAGUUCCAGUUGCGGGACUUCCCCCAGCCGCUACUCGACAUAGGUCACAUGCACAUCUGGGGUCGCCUGGUGGGGGCAGAACAAGAGGCCAUGAGGCGAGCCAAGCGCUCUGUGGUUGUGGAACUCGGAGAUCCCUGGGGCAAGACUGUGGUGGAGCGCGGCAUGACCUCUCUCAAGCUGUACCAUGACUUCAACUGUGAAAUCCAGCACUACAGCUAUGCCUUCGGUCCAUGCUGGGAGCCUGUUAUAGCACAGUGCAACCUGGGCUUGGAGAAGAUUGUCCCGCAGAGCCAGGAUCCGAGCCCGCCUCUUCCCUUCUGGGACAAGAUGCGCCUUCUAUUCCAUGGCCGCCUCACCAUGCUGGUACGCCAGAUGACGGUGCUGCUACAUGCGUCUCUUGACCCCUACAACACCACAGAGGAGAUGGAGCUCACUUGGAGUCAUGUUGCGAUGGACUGGACCAAUGCGAAAGUCGUAUUCAAAGGAGAGCUAAAUGUGUACGUGAGGACAGCAUCCAAGUAUGAUGACUGCCGCAUGUUACACCUGCCUAACCUGAAGCUGAGUGCAAAGUUGAGCUGGAUCUGCCUAGCUGACCCCAACGACCACCACGCAGUCAUGCCCUGUGCGCCAGACAAGCUUCCAGAGUACUCCAGCAACCAGGAGCACGACUCCUUCCGUGCGUUUCGCUCACAGCACCUCAAUGUGAGCAUUGCCUUGGAGACCAAGUUGGUUCCUUCGCAAUGCACUUCGGAACUGGACUACCCGGUGGUUCUGCUCUAUGGCAGCACUGUGCGAUGGUUUGAGAACCUAAAACUCAUCUUGUCAGGGGUGACACGCCCUACGCGGCGCGGCCCUGUGUUCGGUAACGUGCGGCCGCGCAAGUCACAACUCAGUCGCCACUACCGCAAACUACACUUGCUGCUGGCCCUGCACCAGUUCCAGGUACACUACUGGAUGUCCUUCGCGAAGCAGAGAGGAUUCGAGCUGAGCGGUGGCCGCAUCUCCUCCUCCUCAGAACACCUGUUGACCCUGGUGCCAGUGGCAGGUGUGCUGAAGCGCCGACCACGAGCUGAGUGGACUAUCGUUUAUAUGAACUGUGAUCUCAACGAUGCAGAGAUUUGGCUGAAGAGCGCUCUGCCGGAGGAAGCUGGAAAAGAGGUGGUGUCCUUGCGCCAGCCAGUGGAGAAGUGCUACUUCCUGAGUGUUGGCAAGGUGACUUAUGGGCGGGAGACUGCACUACCAAGCUGCGCAGAGGACAAGACUGGUGGCGAGCGGGACACACCCACGCACCGUCUUGUUGUGUAUGACUUGAAGGGAGCUUGGACUAAGAGCAACCGUGAUGUAGCCUUUGCACUUUUCAACUCCUUCAUGAAGACUAAGCAACUAAAGAAGAACCUUUCAACAGAGGCACUGAAAAGUUUCCGGUGUGAGAACACAUCUACACCACUGAAGUCAAGAGGGAGGCCCGUGGAUGGACCACUCACCCCUCCACCAAGCGCCAUGCAGGGCACAGUACAGGCCACACCAUCACCCAUGAGCAAGCUGCAGUCGGGCCACGCAGCCACCAUGCUGCAGCAGCUUAUAGCUGAGGCAGACAACAAAACUGUGGUGUUCAGUGACGACCUGUCAGUGCAGACCAAGGAGCAGCACCUUCAAGGCCUGGCUGCUUGCCAGGAAGAUGAUGUGCUUUACAAGAAUUGGCUCAUCGUUCUGGUCAACUCACAGGUCCUGCUCAAGGGAUGUGAGACGAAGGGUUACGUGAUCGUCAGUGCAGCCAAGGCAGAGAUCCUACAGCGUGUGCACCGGCCCGUGUGGAAGGAGCGCAGCCUCGUGUCCAAGACCACCUGGGUGGGCUGUCUCGAGUGCAUGCAGUACUACGCAACCGUCAGCGCUGGAGAGAGCGACUAUCUGGACGAACACAUAAUGUGGCUGACGGUGGAGAACAUUCAGGAGAAGGACUCUACGGUAAUAGCAGACCUGCCAGACGUGCCGCACCUGGUGGGGAGUGGGCAGUCGGUGGGCGGCGUUGUGAGCCAGACUGUGGGUGCCAGUAGCACUUGCGAAGACCCCCCGCUUCAGUUGCAACGCAUCGUGUCGCGGUGUCGCUGUGAGUUCUUCUACGCAGGCUACGGAGAAGGGAGCGUGGACCCGGGGAGUUUGGCAGUGGUGCCAACUGCGCCUGGUGAUGAGGUGCCCAGCCUGUGGGAGAAGAGGGACAAGGCGGUGGAUGCAUUCACGCUGAUGCACCAUGACUUGGAUGUAUGCACUAACUCUCUGCAGUAUGCUAUGAUCCUGGAUGUGGUGAACAACCUAGUGUUGUGGGUGGAGCCGCGACGGCGUGAGGCUUGGGAACGGCUGCAGCGUAUGCGCUUCCAGCUGCAACUGCACAGCAUGGAGGACCAGCGACGCCCCAUACAGCAGUUGCAGACGCAGGUGCGUGCACUGCUGUCCAAGCUACGCCGCUUGGAGAAGGAUACGCACCUGGUGCAACGUGCUCUGGCCGAGGAGCCGGAAGACCCCGCUCUGCUGCAGCAAAUGGAGGACCUGGAGCGACAGGUGUACGAAUGCAAGGAGCUGGUGAACCUGCAGAGCGAGGAGCUUGACAUGAUGCUGUCCUGCUACAAAGAAACACAGCUCUCUGCCAACCAGAAGCUGGCUACCUUACGUGACAAACCAGCAACCACUGUGCGUGCAAACGAGAUCUGCUUCAAACAUGCUCAGUGGCGCCUAACCGAGGCCGACGGCCAGCUAGGCAUCGCUGACCUGGUUCUGAGCAACUUUCUAUACACCAAAUGUACGAAGAGCGAUGACUCUGGGGAACACCUGCUUGAGUUGGGCUAUAUCCGGAUGACUAACCUGCUGCCCAAUCAAGCGUACCAAGAGGUGCUCAUUCCUACUGAGAUCCAGAACAGCAUGCCUGUUGAUCGCAAGCGCGCUAUCCGCAUCUUCUGUCGAGAGAAGGCUCCGGUGGGUGGCAUCUCGGUGAAGGAGCACUUUGAGAUCAACGUGGUGCCUCUGACAAUUGGGCUAACCAAGAAGUUCUUCAACACGAUGCUGAAGUUCUGUUUCCCGGAGCGCGACCCAGAAGCGAUGGACGGGGAGGGCUCCGAGGACGGAGAGGAGGGCAGGGGUCGUAGAAUGAAGAGUGCGAGGAAGAGCAAGGAGACCAACUUCUAUGUGCCCAUUGAGCACAAGGACGACAUAGAGAAAAUGAAGGAGCGCGCAGAGAAGAACAAGCUGUUCAUCUACAUCAAGAUCCCAGAGGUUCCGGUGAAGGUCAGCUACAAGGGCAACAAGGAGAAGAACAUAGAAGAUAUCCGUGACUUCAGCCUCGUAAUCCCAACGCUGGAGUAUCACAAUGUCACGUGGACCUGGCUGGACCUGCUGCUGGCCAUGAAAAGCGACAGUCGGCGCGUCAUCCUCUCCCAGGCCAUCAAGCAGAAGCUGCAGAUCAAGAUGACUCGCACGUCCGUUGAAGAGGGCACGUCUCCGCAAGAGGAGGACAAGGCUCGCAUGCUGUUUGGCUCACGCGUAAUGCCCGGAGAUAGCAGGAGCCUGAAGAGAAGCAUGUUCAAGUUCCCCAAGUGAUAGCUGGCCCCGUUCAUGCGGUGACUGUGACUUCAGUGAGCAGAACUGGCCACGCACAGACCCCAGGCACAGCGUGCUGUCCUCGUGUCUCACACAGCAUCACAGCAUUUUCAGUGAACGGUUACACGUGUGUGAGUUGUGAAGGGUUACUAGGCAGGGCCAGCUGCUUGCAACACUCCGGAUGUUACUGCGCCAUUUUCAUACUGCUGAACAUUUAUCAAAGAUGUCUGAGAAUCAGAAGCAUUCCAGAACAGUUGCACAUUCCUGUUGUUAAUUUUAUCUCAUGAAAAAUUUAGUAGAAAGUAUUGUACUGAGGAUAGUUACUUCACUUUAGAAUCAUAAAAAUCAAAGAGUCUCAGCUUAUAGUCUCAAAGGGUAGGGGUGUUUUGAAAAUUAUUUUUUUUUUUCAAUUUGAAUCAAAGUUGAAGUUAAAGACGAAGUCGAAGAUUACUUUAAAAUUUUGUUACAUUAAGAAAAAUCCAUAGUUAAACCUUUGAGUUCUUGAGUAGGUGUUUCAACUGCACAUUCUUCAUAUUGUAUUUAAUUGGAAGAUUGUUUGGGAAACUUAGCCAGAGUUUCUGUGUGCAUUUUGUGAGAAUUUAUCCAUCCGUCUAAUGUCUGUGAACUGGCAACUGGCAACAUAGCCUUACCAAUUCCCCUCAAAAUCUUUGUCUUGUAUUAUUGCGGGAAUAUGAGGGGCGUGAGUGAAUGGAGGGUAUGACUGCCACCCUCCUAUUAUAAUAAGGUGGGACAGAAAUCAGACAUAGAAAUACCAACACAGUGCUGUAUUGUUUGUGUUCCAAUAAGCUGGGAUUGUACUCAAAGACUUCUUUUGUGCUCAUAGAAUUCUGUUGAAGACAAAUAUGUAUAUGGUGCAAACAACAAUCAAGAUUGACCAUUAUCGAAUAUGUGAGACUUUUAUGCACAAAAUUAUAGUUGUGACCUCUAUGCGAGUAGAUAGGGUAAAUAACGGUAUAUCAUGGAAGUAUAGUGUCCAGUAUUUAUUUGUUUUAUUUUUUGGUUUUAAUUAAAUGUAAGAAAAAUUAGAUUCACUCUGUUCACAAUAAAUUGAGAUGUUGUUUGACCUAAUUUCAACACACAUUUAGACUUAGACAGCACAUCAUCGUCACCAGAGCAGUUAACGGUGUAGCCUAUCCAUGUUAAAUUUACAAAAAUAUCCAGCGGCCAGAGUCUAAAUGUUUGUCAGAGUACCUACUAAUAUUGGCACUUAUUAUCUUGAAAAGUGUGUAAUAAACACUUAGCACCUCCAAAAUGUU